ACCUGUCGCAGCGGGGCGCGCACCGGAAGGGGUGGCUGGCGUGCCGGAAGUGGGCCGGGACGCCUGCAGCGGCGCGGGGCUGGAGAUGAAGCCGGCGGUGGACGAGAUGUUCCCCGAGGGCGCCGGGCCCUACGUGGACCUGGACGAGGCGGGAGGCAGCACCGGGCUCCUGAUGGACUUGGCCGCCAAUGAAAAGGCAGUUCAUGCCGACUUCUUUAAUGAUUUUGAAGAUCUCUUUGAUGACGACGAUAUCCAGUGAGAUCCUGCCCGGCGGUGCGUGCUCGAGCCUUUGUCUCGUAGUGGUGUGGUGGAUCUCCUCAACGGACAAUUUCAGAUGGUUCUAAAGAACUUGUGGAAAUCACUUGAAAUUAGGAGAUGGUUAACUGGGAAAGAGAAGGGUGGUUUUAACCAUCUGGAUGAGGCCUAUUGAUGUCUGAGUGUGACCAGCUUUUGUUCUGACUUCAAUUAAAAAAAGCGAUGUCAUCACA